UCGGCGGCGGACUCGGCCUGCAGCCUGGAUCCGGGCGGCGAGGAGGAGGACGGGGGGGGCCCGGCCGCCCGCUCCCCCCCGGCCAGCGAGCGCAGCCUGGAGUUCGACUCGGGCUACUCGGAGGCGUCGGGGGGCACGUGGCGGGAGGAGGAGGUGCCCGUGCGGCGCCGGCACCUGCUGCCCUGCCAGCGGGCACACCGGCUCUCCGCCGGCCCCGCUGCCCCACCGCCUGCCCCCGCCCGCCGCGCCCGCCCCAAAUCCACCUCGGACGCCUGCCUGGAGCAGUGGCGGGCGCUGGAGCCCGCCGACACGCAGGACUGGACCGUAGCGCUGCUGUCGCAGAGCCGGAACCGGCAGCCCCUUGUGCUGGGUGACAACUGCUUUGCUGACCUGGUGGAGAACUGGAUGGACCUGCCCGAAGUGGGCGCCGAGCCGCGGCGCCGAGCCCCCGCCGAGCCCUCCCGCCGGCUGGCCAAGCCCCCCGCCUUCCUGCUCAGCCUCUCGGGCAACGUUCGCCGCAAGCUGGCUAACAUGGCCCGGCCCCGGGCAGCUGAGGGUGCCCGGCCGGGGGGCCGCGAUGCCACCAAGCGUUUCUCCUGCCCCCUGGGGCUGGGGGGGCAGCCCAAGGGUGCCUGCUUCCACCAGUCCCACAGCAACAUCGCCCAGCUGGCCACGGACUUCCACCGCUUCACCGCCCUGAUGAACAGCCGUAGCCGCCAGCCCAUCAUCUGCAACGACGUUAUCGGCUACAUUUAGCCCCGCUGCUGCCGCCCGCACCCCCUCCCUGUAAAUAAACCCCGGUUUUGUACGGUGUGGGCACUGCAGCGUUUAUCAA